AAACCUUCGUCCCUCUCCUCUGUCCCUCCCCUGCCGCCUCUUCUGCCCUCCGAUGGUUCUCAUCGCCUCCGCCUCCGCCUCCGACCACCGCCACCGUCGCGCCGCCAAAUCCUCGCGCCCGGACGCCCCCGCGGCCCCGCCUACACCCACGCCCGCGGCGAAGCCAUCCGCCAGCGCCGCCCUCCACCCCUUCUCCUUCAGCUGGGGCGCGCAGCGCCGCCUCCGCUGCUCCAAGGACGGCGCCCCCGUCUACCACUCCGCGUCUCCGCACACCCCGUCGCCGGACAAGGAGAAGCCGAAGCCGCUGCCGCUCCAGCAGGACCCCGCGCGCGGCUGCUCCUCGCGCCCGCAGCGGCCCCGGAACCUCCGCCCGCUCCGCUACGCCGCGUCCAGGCCGGAGGGCGCGGCGGGGCCUCACGCCGCGCUCCAGUCCCCGAAGCCCGCGCACGCGCCGCCCAGGAAGAGGGGCUUCGCCGUCGCGCUCACCCCGGACGAGAUCGCACACGACUUCGCCGCCAUCCGCCGCUGCGCGCCGCGCCCCGCACCAGCUGCUGCCGCGCGCCGAUCCUCCAAGAAGCGGACCAACCGCGUGCAGAACGCGAUCGAUGCGAUGUGCCCGGGACUCACGCUCUUGAACGUGGACCUGGACAACUACAAGAUCGAAGAGAGAGGCCAGAAGAAGUGAUCGAUCGUUGCCCUGAUGGAGUUGCAAACAUGGAGGACCUUUUCAGAUGUUCCCAUCUAUCUCUUUCUUCUUGCGAUGGCUAACAUGCACAUCCCUCGGUUGUGUUGGUUCUUCAGGGUUAGAGGAUAGCAGAUUGGGUAGUUAGGUUCUUCCUGUGGUUUGUGUAUAUGUGGUUCCUUUCAACGAGGAACUGCUGGAUUGGUAGCGGUCUUUCUGCUUCUUGCAGCCUGUAGGAACUACUAGAAGAAGUCAUAAUGUUCGUAGGUGCUGAGAAGCAGUCAUGUACAUUGUUUUGAUUGUGAAAUA